AACUCGGUCGACACGAGCCAAUCAACGAGCUCGAACACCGACGAAGCGAGCAAAGAGGUCGCCACGGCCACGCUCAUCAACCUGGAGUCGCCCGUGUCCACCAGCGAGAACACGGCGCCCGGCGAGGACCAGCUGGACUCCAUCGAGGCCAACGACCAGUGGCACACGGCGAGGAUGCAGGUUUCCACCACCAGCGCUCUCACGGACAUGGAGUGCAGCGUGGGUCGCGUGGCGGGCGGGGCGGAGCCGCUGGAGCUGGCGGUGGGCUUGGGGUCCGUGGUGGCGCGCGGCGGCCCCGGCCCGGCCGAGGAGCUCGCCGAGGAGGCCGCGCCCUGACCCCGAGCCCGGCUACACCGCCCCACGCCAGCCCGCCCCCGGCCCUAGUGGCGCUGCUGGUCCGACACGCUAACGUGCCGGACUGAUGAAACACGAGUGCAGCGGUCGACUGUCGGGAGGGUCGGAUGCGCGGGAGCUGGCCGGCGGUGGCGGUAGCCGCGGGUCGGCAUUGUGAACUUGUCGAGUGCUAUAAUGAGUGGUUUGACGUCGGGCUGAAAUAAUAGCUUCUUGCGUUGAUCCAGCCUCGCGGCGGUGUAUUUUGAAGGAUUUUAAGAUUAAAAGCUUGGAAGCGGUGAUAAACGUGGAAAAAAAAUAUGUAAUUUCAUGAACUUAAAUGAUUAUUUCUUGUGGUGCAGGUCCACCUGUGCCUUGCACUGCCAAAUGAAUGUAAACGUCUAUUAAAGUUGCUCUAUAAAUAUCAUAAUGUGUUUGACAGUGCAAGUACAGAGUGAGACGAGCUAGUGUGACAAGAUUUAUCUAACAAAAACUACAAUUAAGAUGUUGUCAGAACGAAAAAUAAAAUUGUCUUCUUUUACCGAGCAUACAAAGAAGAGAGAGAACUAAAUUAAAGCUAUACUUAAAAAUCUAAUGUGUAUUAAAUUGAUGGAUGAUAUAAGCAAUAAUACGUGUUUUUACACUUGAAAUAUUGCACGCCAACAUAGUGUCGAAGAGAAUAGAGUGUAUAGUGAGUUACUGUCAUGGUAAAUUAUGUAGCCACAGUACAUUUACUGCCAUCUUUCGACAGAAGAUUAAAACUGUUCAAACGCCAUUUGACUUUGAUCCUUAUUCUUUCACUGAUAUGUGUUAAUUUCUUAAAUAUUGAAAUUAACGCCAUCUACUCGACAGUAGGCCAAAGGUUAUGGCGCCAUCGCUCGAAAAGAUUGCACCAUACCUUUGGCCUACUAAUAUUUUAUUUAUUUUACUUUGCCAUAAUUUACCUUGAUAAUCCGCCUCAUUUUAAAAUUCUCUUUGAUAGUGUUUAGAGAUGAGAAAUCCAAAUCAACCUUGGGACCUUCCUGUACAUCACAAUGCUGAUCUCCCUAAGUGUUGUUUUAUUUAAAUAGGAUGAUAUGAUUGACUUAUAUUAGUUGAUAAGUUACCUUUUUGACUCUAGAACAAUAGCUUCCUUUGAUGAAAUAAAAAGUUCUCACAAUGUGUCGGAACAUAUCACAAAUAGUAUUAAGUCCCAAGGUUGGUAUUUAGAUUGAUGAUUUGCAAUGUUACGAUGAUGUCCACCUAUUUGAUGUCUUCCAAGGCCACACGGAGCAUUAAGCUCUUCUAAAUUUUCCCGAAUGUUAAAUUUUUCGUUGUAACAAAUGUAUAAUUACAAUGGGAAUGUUUUUUAAACUCUUUCAAAUUAAAUUAUAAAGCUUAAUGAUAACUAUAACCUAACUGAGGCGAAGCGUUGCGUAGGUACGUACAUACGUUCAUACUUAUAUAUGAUACCAUCAAAGCUUGAAAGCUUCAACUGAUACGGACAUUUAGGUGUCACUAAAGUAUUUAACGUGAUACAAAUACUGUAGUAACUAGACACUACAAAUUAUUAUGACCGAAGUUGGGUUUAAAAUGUAAUUUUUAUUUUACGACUGGCAGCUUUCUGCUCGAAUUAUUUUUCUAUCUUUGUAAAAUGGAUUACAUCUCAGUAGUACAAAUUUUAUUAAUUAGUCACCUUAAUAGCUUUACACGAAUUAUUUUAUUCUGCGAUUAUUAUUUGUAAUGCUUAAUUAAUAUUUGUUUAUUUUUAUAUCUAUGUUGUGUUAUAUUUUAGUUUGAUUUGAAGUUGUAAGUUUUAUGUGAUGACAAAUUUAAGUGUUUAGUUUAUGUUUGUAUUGGACUAGGUUUUAACCCUAUGGUCAUUAGGCUAAGAGCUGGGCUAAAAACGGAAAAUUAUUUCUGAAUUAAAAAUAGGGGUACAAAUCCGAAAAUUCAGUAAUAAUUUCACCAAGAUUUGGUACAGUUCUUGGUCUAAAAAUACUGUAGUGACAAUGUAUUAUUGCACAAAAUUGAAACAUGGUAUCAUUUCUUUUCGAUCUUAGUUUUGAUAGACCCUAGACUCAAUGAAAUGUUUUACUAUUCAAUAUUAGAUAUGUGUCUAAAUACUGUUAUAAACUAAAGGUCUUAGCCAUAUUCUCCCUUAAGAUUCUCCUCUUUAUAAGGCUAUUACUAUUGAUACCUAAGUCAUAGUGAUUACUUAGAAGGACUACCUUACCUUUAGGAAUUCCACUUACAAGUGUUAGGCUUUCGCAAUGAAAACGCUUUGAACACUCGAUCUCGCUGCAACUUGAACUCCUUGACUACUAAAUAAGUUCCGACACCCUAGUAAUAGUUUAAUGGAAAUAGAUUUAGAUGUUUGUCGAAGUAUCUACCGAGACAUACUGAACGAGGCACAGGCACUUACGUCCAAUUGUUUUAGCGGUUCUAAUAAUAUUGUAGUUCGAAUCGAAGCGCAGAUCUUAAAUGUCGUGUCGUGUAAGGAUGCUUCGUGUUAAAUUUGUUUGUGGCCUUAUUGUAAGUGGCGCCCGCUGGGGGCUACAGGGCUGUCGUUGCCUCCUUUUAUUGAGCGUAUUGCCGUAUGCACUCUAGAAUAAACGUGGUAUCUGAUUAUGCACAGUUGUAGAUUACCACCUACCUAUGAGAAGAACUAUGUAACAUUACCAUACUUUGUCGCCUUACUACAUGUAAGUUACAAAUAGUUGAGUGCGGUUAAAUAUGGGAUGUUUUAGAUCAUAACUAAUAGCGUAGGAAGCAAAUGACUAGUACAACUACCGUUAACAAGGGUGAAUAUGGAUGGUGGUGUAAAUAUAUAUAUAUAGGGAUAAAAACCGGGAAGGACAUUUACCUGAUAAUUCCCUACAAACUAUCCACAUAAACUGUGUGGAGUAGUUUUAAAAAAGAUAUCAGGUAAAUGUCAUUUCCUAUUUUUAUCCUUAUUCACUCCGUCAUCCCUAUUUACCCCGGUUAACGUUCCUAAA